UCGCCCGAGUCUCGCUAAUAAAAAGAGGAGCUGAGCUUGUCAGAGGAGUUUACCCGCAACUAAACUAACAGAAGCAACACACAAAAACAAAACCUCGAAAGAAAAUCCCCUUGGACUGAGAGCAGCCAACUUAGUGGAGAAAUGAAUCUGAAUUUCACAUCCCCGAUUCAACAAGUUUCUGCCCAACGGCCAACGUCUUUCUUCAUCGAAGACAUUUUACUGCACAAACCCAAGCCAUUGAGGGAAGCCCCUCCCGUCUCCUUCGCCAGUUCCUUGGCAUCCCGCGUCCCUUUACUAGAGUAUGGAUACCCUAUAGUGCCAACCCCGACCAUACUGGCACCUCAUCCACAUCACCCACUGCACAAACCGGAGCACCAUCACCCUUACUUUCUCACGUCGCCUGUAGGUAUGCAUAUGCCAGCUCUUUUCCAACAUCCACCGGAGCUUCCAGGCAAACACUGCAGGCGGCGGAAAGCCAGGACCGUCUUUUCGGACUCACAGCUCUCAGGCCUGGAGAAACGUUUCGAGAUUCAGCGUUACCUCUCAACCCCAGAGAGGGUGGAGCUGGCAUCGGCACUCAGUCUCUCGGAGACCCAGGUCAAAACGUGGUUUCAGAACCGACGGAUGAAACAUAAAAAACAGCUAAGAAAGACUCGGGAUGAUCACGGUUCGAAAAGCUCCCCCGCUGGGGAACGGUGUCUCGAGUCCAGCGUCAGUGAGGCGGUGUUAAGCCAAAAAAGUUCCUCAGACAUAAAGCCUUUAAGCAGCCAGAACGCCUUCCUGUUGGAGGACCGUGAAGAUGAUGUGGACAUAAUAGAAGAUGAUGACAUUUGUUCUGCUGAUCAUAUAAUGUAAAGUAACAUUAAAACAUACAAGAUCACCGAAAUAAAUACCGCACAGCAAAGAACUAUUGCCCCCUAGGAAAUGUGUUCAUCACUGCUGGGGUGGAAAGGGGACGCGGUUACAACACUGAACUAAAAUGAGAAGCCCUGAAACAUGCACUUCUAAUA